AUGGUCGACUUCAACUCGUCCCAAGUGACCAUCCCAGACCACUUCGGCAUUAAUUUUACCUCGGUUGUGCACACGCAUGCCGAAGGCCCAACACGGCCAGAGAACAACAAGGUCUCGUCGCCUUUUGUGGUCGUCGUCACCGGCGCGGGCAAAGGGCUGGGGUAUCAUAUUGCUCUUGCGUGCGCUCGAGCCGGUGCCACGGGCCUAUGUAUUUCUAGUCGAACGCAGUCGAACCUUGAUGCCCUCGAGAAUGAUUUGCGAAAACUCAAUCCUGAGGUCGAGGUCCUGAAGCAAACAUGUGAUACAGCGGAUCCGCAGGCCGUGAACGGGCUCGCAGAGGCAGUAGCUACCGUGUUCAGCGGCCGGUUGGAUGUGGUCAUCGCCAAUGCAGGCGUGAUAAGUCGGUACUUGUACGACACAGAUGCUGAAACGGGUGAGCAGACGUAUCGAAGGCUUCCCGUGUGCAUCGUUGAGGACGAUGAUUUUGCCCGCGUCACGUCCAUCAAUUACCUGGGCAGCUACUAUGUGGCCAAGUACUUCACGCCUGGAUUGGUUUCCGGAUCCAACCCGUCCGCGAUCAGGGCGUAUGGCGUCAUAACGAGCACGGCGGCACCUUGCUACGACAGCAAGUUUGUGCCUACAGCGUACAAUAUAAGCAAAUUAGCCAACGUGCGAAUGGCGGAGUAUAUGCACAACGACCAUGAAAGAAGUGGAUUGCAGGCGUUUGCGGUCCAUCCGGGAGCCGUACUCACGCCGCAGACCGAAAGGCAUAGCACACGGGAGGGCGAUGGGUGGGAUACGCUCUUGACUGACGACGUCGGUUUGUGCGGAGGGUUCCUGACCUGGUUGACGAAGGAGAGGAGGGAGUGGCUGAGUGGCAGAUAUCUUGCUGUCACCUGGGAUGUGGACGAGCUUGCGAAGAUGGAGGAUGAAAUUGUGGUAAAGGAUAAGCUGAAGUUCAGAAUGGUUGUUUAG